UAAAUCCACACCUCUCUCCCUGUGUGCGCCUGGGUGCGCCUCAGCGAGCUUUGCGAAACGUGAGCCCCGGUGACUCCGGCCAUGUUCUGGAGACGACCCUCUGGAGCGAAGAAUGCGCCGCAGAAUGCGCCGCCUUCUGGGGGGCUCUCGUUGGAGCGUUUCUUGGCGGAUCCCACUCCCCUGGCACCAUCACCAAGAGGGGCCAUGCACUUCACCACGGGCAACGUGGAGAUGUGGCCUCCGCCCAACUGCGAGGCCGCACUGCCACCAGUGGGAGGCGGCGGCGGCAUGCCCGGCAUGCCAGGCAUGCCCACGGGCGGGGCUGCUCCAGUCCCGGUCAGUAGCCACAUGGUCGCCCAAGCGACCGUUUUCUCCACCGCUGGAGCUGGAGUCAGCUCCAUGCCGACACCUCCAGCCAUGAGCCAAGUCACCGUGACCGCGACCUCGGUGGUGGAGCAUCACGCAUAUGGCGGCGGUGGGGGCACGAGUGGCAUGUAUGGCUAUGGUGGGGCGAGUGGCCCUUGCGCAGCAGGCCCUGCAGGAGGCUGUGCAGUUGCAGGUGCUGCCAUGCCUCCGCCUCCAAGCUCUGUACCAAGCAGCAGCCCCACCUCGAUGCCUCCCACAUCGCUCGCAGCCAGUCCCGCCAGUGGUGAGUCGUCCACGGGCCAGACUGGCACCCAAGUGGUUGCGUGGAUGGAUGUAGGACGAAAGCCGAUGACGACAGGGCGGCGCCAGUCGGGCAUGCCUGGGCUACCGGAUUUGCCGCCUCACAGUGGCUCGCCAGGCGCACGCGGCCACGAGGUGCCCACAGCAGCGACAGGCGGUGCGACGGCAGCAACAGGCGGUGCAGUGGCGGUUUCAGUGGAGACUUCACAGCUUCCCGCUUCUUGGGCUGCGGCCAUCACCACCGAACCUCACGAGGAGAGGGGCGAACCCAGCGGUGAAGUGGCAGAGGCCGGGGAAGAGGGCAGCGACGACUGGCUCCGCUGCCAGGAAGGUGACGGAGAAGAGGCGGAUGAAGAGGCUUCGCGGGAUGACCUGCUGGCGAAGUUGAAGGUGGCCAAGCAGGCUUUGCUGUGGGAACGGGCGGUGACCCAGCGCUUGCGAUCGCAGUUGGACAUGGCCGAGGCAUGGGCAGGGCCUUCGGAUGGUCAAGAGGUCCUCGCUUUAAAGGCACAAGUGGCGUCGCUGACGAAGCAGAAUGAGCAGCUCCAGCGCGAUGCGGAGAGUUCCAGUUCCACAUCCGAACACCCGGAGGCGUCGGAGGCGGAGCAAGAGCAGCUUCAGAAAGCUCAGGAGGAAGCAGCAGACCUCAAGAGCAAGCUGAAAGCUGCAGAGGCGAGGUUGGUCCAGGAGCAGGACCAGCGAGAGGCCGCUGCAAAAGAGGUCGAGCGCUUGCGUGAGCAAGUGUCAUCUUCGGAAGCCAACCGCGUGGAGGAGGCCCAAGCCAUCCGAGCUUGUGUCGAUGAGCUCCGAGCCAAUGCCCAAAAGGCGACAGUCCUCCAAGCCAAGCUGACAGCUGCAGAGGAUCAGGCCAAGUCGCUUCAAGAGCAGCUGGAACAGCGUGAGGCAGCUGCUCAGAAGGAGGUCGAGCGCUGGCGUGUGCAAGUGGCGGAAGCUCAUCGGGCGGAGGAGGCCAAAGCCAUCCGAGCUUGCGUGGAGGAGCUCCGAGCGCAACUGCAGGCGAAGACGGAAGAGAGCCGAGCACAGGCAAGUCAGGCAGCCGAGAAAGCCGCCGAGGAGCUCCGCCGCGAAGUGGAAGAGCUCCGUUCGGCCAGGGCGGCGGAGCAGGCUCAAAGUGCAGAGGCGGAGGCCAAGCAGGAAGACCUUCAAGCUCAGCUUCAAAAGAUGGAAGCAGUCGCUUCUGAGCAUGAGUCAGCUCAGGACGAUCUACGAGCGCAGCUUCGAAAAAUGGAAGCAAGCGCCUCUGAUCAUGAUACCGAGCAGGAGGAUCUUCGGGAGCAACUGCGGAAGAUGGAAGCAAAUGCUUCCAAUCACGAGACGGAAAAGGAGGAGCUUCGGGUGCAACUCCGGAAGACGGAACAACAUCGUUCUGAACAUGAGACAGCUCAGGAAGAUCUGCGUGCGCAGCUGCGAAAAGUUGAAGCCAACUCCUCUGAGGCGAUCGAAGCUGCCCAGGAAGAUCUACGAGCACAGCUUCGAAAGAUGGAAGCAAGUGUCUCCGAUCAUGAAUCCGUUCAGGAAGAUCUGCGGUCUCAGCUGCGAAAGAUGGAAGCGGCAGCAUCUGAGGAGAACGAGAAGAUGCAGGCGGGAGUCAAGGCGGCGGAGGCCUUGCGACAGCAGAUCCAACACGCCAACGAGGACCAGGAGGCGGAGCGUGUGCGCUUGCGACACGUGGAGAAGCGCAACGCCGAGCUGGAGAGUCAGGUCCAGGAGUUCCAAAGCGUUCAGCUACGGAAAACCAAGCCGAAGGAGAUUGAUGUGGCUGUGCAAACGGAGGAGGACACGGCUCAGAGCAUCAAGAACACCAAGCGGAAGACCCGCAAGAGCGUUUUCUUUCACACAGAAAAGCAGUCUCUUCCUGGCAGCUUGGAGGGGGAGGGCACGGAGGAGGGCGAGGAGGUCGCGAGGAGGGCCCGGAACUUCAAGUCCGUGGACUUCGGCCAGCACGACGAGGACGUCUACGAGGUCCACGCCUCCAGUGGCUCCGACGGAGAUGACCGGACGGAGAGAUCAAUGUCGGCCAUGACCUCCAUGCUGUCGCAGGCGUCCGAGUUUUAUGACACGUACAACGAGACCUCGCAGCCCACCAGAGCUCGUGCCAGGUCGACCAUCGAGACGUACAGCGAGGAAGACCUUUGGGAUCCAGAACACGUGGCGAUGGUGACGAGGAAACUCUUCCCCAAGCACGACAAAGACAAGACGGGUCGCAUUGAUUGGGCCUCGGGCGAAGCGACGAAGUUUCUGGAGGAGUUCUUUUGGCUUCACAAGCAGCCACCGCCAAAGAUCCCGAAAGCGCCCUUCCAAAGCUUGUACGACCAGGUGAAGUCCGAGAAGGCCGGCUACGACGCCGAGGAAGACAAGGGCCUGAACGUGGAGCAGAUGACGGCCUUUGCCAUAAAGGUCCAUCAAUUCGUUUAUAAGCAGCUGGGCAAAGAGAUGCGAGCACAGCGGAAGAGCUUCGCAGUGACGGAGGACGAGCUGCGCACGUUGCACCGAUCGUCCAUCGAGAUGGAGCUGGGCCAGGAUGCUCAGGCGGAGGUGGCCCGGAUGAAGCGGCGCACCACCAUCAAGGGCACACUGGACCUCUCUGGCUUGGUGGAGCACGAGUAGCGCAAACUGGAGCCGCGUCGUAGUGCCAUUGGGGCCAGAGCAUCCAAUCCGGUCGAACACCCGAAGAAAGAUCCGAGAGAGCCGUGUUUGGACACGUGAAAGGUCGCGUUUGUUUGAGGUCCAAGAAAGUGUUCUUGCGUCAUGACUUAGAAAUGUCAAUCCUAGCAGAGAAGCUUUGCUCACUGCGAGCGAUCCCGGCGCCACAGUUUGAAGGACUGGCGCCGGUGCCUCCAGGGGUGGCGAGAGUAAGAUCAGGAGUUUGC